CGAGGAAUAUCUCACGUGGUGACAUAAUCGAUCGUUUAAUGAUAAUUGAGGCCCAGAAUUCUCGAUAAUUCUAGGUAAAUCCUGUGGAAAAUAAAAGUGUCAGUGACAAUUCGGAGCAGAACUGCUCUAAAAGGAUUUAUACAGUUUAUAUAAUGCUGUCUUCUUUGACAUUUGAUCAUUGUGACAAAGUACUGGUGGAAUAGCUGGGGACAAUUUGGCAAUAAAAUGGCAACGUUGACUCGACUGAUGGAGAGCACAGUUUAUCCUAGAGUUGCGAUAAUUAAGAGCUGCAGGAGAAAAUUGUCGGGGGGAAAUACAGAUGAUAAAGGCAGGCGGGCCAGGAGGCCUGUCCUCAGGGACAACGAUGUAGUCGGCCAGGAUGGAGAUGAUCUUAAGGAACCUACCAACUGCUGCAUGAGAGGGUGUGCUAAUUGCGUUUGGAUUCGCUAUGCCGAAAAGUUGAGCAAAAAACUUGCUGAUAGCAAUGCCGACGUCCAAAAAAUCAUCAUCGAUAAAGUUAAGGAUCCUAACAUGAAGGCUUUUCUGUCCAUGGAGCUCAGGUGUCGAAAAAUUUCGUGAUGGUGUAUUAAAUAUUCUUAUAGGUCCAUGGAUUGUUUUUUUGUUCCCCAUGUUUAGUCAAUUGCUGAAUUUUUACGAGCUGUUAAUAAAUUAUUCUUAAAAGUA